GACAGGCUGAAGAAUGACGUCCAUAUUUUGCUCCAGCUCAUCCCAGCCUGGCGUGGGACAGGGAAGAGAAAUGGCUGCAGUGGAGUCAGUCCAGGGGCUGGUGACCUUCAAGGAGAUGGCUAUGUAUUUCACCAGGGAAGAGUGGGCUCUGCUGGACCCCACUCAGAGAGCCCUCUACUAGGAUGUCAUGCAGGAGAACUAUGAGACUGUGACCUCGCUGGGCCAGAGAAUAACAUCCAUGUUUCGCUGCAGAUCAUCUCGUCCUCCCAGGGGCAAGGAAAUGGCUGCAAUGGAGCUGGCUCAGGGGCCGGUGACCUUCGAGGAGGUGGCUGUGUAUUUCUCAAGGGAAGAGGGGACUCUGCUGGACCCCACUCAGAGAGCCCUCUACAGAGAUGUCAUGCAGGGGAACUAUGAGACGAUGGUCUUGCUGGCCUCAAUAGGUCCCUGUGAUGGAAUGUAAGGCUACAUCUAGACUACCCACCGUAUCGGCGGGUUAAAAUCGAUUGCUCGGGGAUCGAUAUGUCGCGUCUCAUCUAGACGCCAUAUAUCGAUCCCCGAGCGCGCUUAUAUCGAUUCCGGAACAACACCAACCCCAACGGAGUUGCUGAUUUGACAGGGGGAGCCGCGGACAUCGAUCCCGCGCGGUGAGGAUGGGUGAGUAAUCCGAUCUUAGAUAUUCGACUUCAG